UUUGGAGCUGAUCCUGUCAUCCUGAGAAGCUAUCAAUACACGGAAAGAAUUCAAAAUUGCGGGACUGGAGUGACACCCCCAAUACGCCAACAUGGAGUUGAAAGCAACUGUGAUCCUUGCUAUCCUGGCUGCACUUGCUAUGUCAGCUAAUGCACGAAGAGGUGAUCGUGGAGGUAUGGGGCCAGGGAGAGAGAGGGGAGAGGGUCGUUUCGGAGGAAGACCUGACGGAGUGCCAAUGGGAGGGCCAAGGCGAGGAGGUGGUGGAAUGAUGGAUGGAAGGAGGUUUGAUGGCCCCGGGUUGGGGCUUGGUGCCCCUCAGAGGGACCAACGAAGACAAUUUGGUGGUCCGAUGGUUGGUGGAAGAAGAUCUGACGGUCCUUUCCGUGGCUCCAGACCUGAAGGAGUUGGAAGACCUUUCUUCGGUCAAGACGGAACCAGACGUGAUGGUGGAGAAGAAGAAACCGCAGAUGCCUCCAAAGAGUCUAAAUCAAUCUUUGAUCGUUUUGGACUCGGUCCGCUUUUUAGAGGACAAUCACGAGAUCGGGGUCGUCUUCAGGAUCAAGGAGGUCAGCAUAACGACAACAGCGAAGAGGAUGGAGGUCAUCGUCACCAUCACCAUCGCUACCACCCCCACCAUCAUCACCACCGUCAUAAUCAUACUGAAGGCCAACGCCCUCACAACAAGACGGGAAAUUACCCACAUCGUCAUCACAACAAGACCGGAGACGGGGAUUGGGACGGACCAAGAUUCCAGAUGAGGCCUUUCCGGUUCUUCAAAAACUGGCCAUUUGGAAGACACAACCGAACCGAGGAAGGAUCUCACGGACAUGAUGGCCGCCGCCAUCCCUUUGGCAAGUUCCCAGGACGCUGGGGAUCACAUGAAAGCGAGGAAGAAGAGGAGGAGCAGCAGCAGCAGCAGGAGUCAACAACUAGGGAAAAUGCAACCCCAUCUUCCCCAUCGGACGUGAUAACACCAUCCUCCCAACCGGAAGUGAUUGAGAUUGCAAUCAAUGACAAUGAAAUAGAUACUAAUGUCAUCGGACAACUGUCCCAAUACGUCAACAUGGAGUUGAAAGCAACUGUGAUCCUUGCUAUCCUGGCUGCACUUGCUAUGUCAGCCAAUGCACGAAGAGAUGAUCGUGGAGGUAUGGGGACUGGGAGAGAGAGGGGAGAGGGUCGUUUCGGAGGAAGGCCUGACGGAGUGCCAAUGGGCGGGCCAAGGCGAGGAGGUGGUGGAGUGAUGGAUGGAAGGUUUGAUGGCCCCGGGUUGGGGCUUGGUGCCCCUCAGAUGGACCAACAAAGACAAUUUGGUGGUCCGAUGGGUGGUGGAAGAACAUCUGACGGUCCUUUCCGUGGCUCCAGACCUGCAGGAGUUGGAAGACCUUUUUUCGGUCAAGACGGAACCAGACGUGAUGGUGGAGAAGAAGAAACCGCAGAUGCCUCCAAAGAGUCCAAAUCAAUCUUUGAUCGUUUUGGACUCGCUCCGAUUUUUAGAGGACAAUCACGAGGUCGGGGUCGUCUUCAGGAUCAAGGAGAAGGUCAGCAUAACGACAGCAGCGAAGAGGAUGGAGGUCAUCGUCACCAUCACCAUCGCUACCACCCCCACCAUCAUCACCACCGUCAUAAUCAUACUGAAGGCCACCGCCCUCACAACAAGACGGGAGAUUACCCACAUCGUCAUCACAACAAGACAUUUGGAAGACACAACCGAACCGAGGAAGGAUCUCACGGACAUGAUGGCCGCCGCCAUCCCUUUGGCAACCGAGGACGCUGGGGAUCACAUGAAAGCGAGGAGGAAGAGGAGCAGCAGCAGCAGGAGUCAACAACUAGGGAAAAUGCAACCCCAUCUUCCCCAUCGGAAGUGAUAACACCAUCCUCCCAACCGGAAGUGAUUGAGAUUGCAAUCAAUGACAAUUAAAUAGAUACUAAUGUCAUCGGACAACUGUAAAUUGUGUUUUAAAAAUGACUGAUACUGUAAAAAUGAAGUCUUCCAUAUCUUUCCUCUAGUAUUGACU